AUGCAUUCCCACUACACGCCAGUCCCGCCAGACACACACCAACCCCACCAAACACCACAGGACGACGCCUCGCCGAGGUCUGCGUUCUAUGACCCCAGCACGUCGUAUAAGACGAAGACGUCCAUGGUGGCCAGACGCUACGCCACGAACCACUGGCCGGAGUACAUGCGUCUCGAAGAGGCCGUCCAUCGCGAAGACGAUCUUUUUGGGCCACUCCUCGCCGAGUCCAUCAACCUGUCCUCCCUCCCGUCUACCUACUCGCAUGACCAGGACGAUGUGUUCCUCGAUAUGGACCCAGAAACAGCCGCCCUGUUCCAGUCCGCUCCUGUCGACCUGCCCGACCUGGACUUCACCCUGCCAACAUGUCCGUCCACCCCGGCCAACGUCGUUCCUCCUCCUCCACCCCCCUCCGUGCCGGCUGCCAUGGGGAGGAGCGGCGGCGCAUGCCCCCGGUGUGGGGCCCACCGAAGUCAAGCAUGGACAGAUGGCAAAGCAUGGGUAGACUUCGACACGCGGCUGGCCCGCAUGGAGGCUACCAUGAACGAGACGGCGUCGGCUGUGGCCCGCAUGGAGGCCACCAUGAAUGAGACGGCGUCGACUUUCCAGAGCCUCCUGCCUCGUGCCCUACGGCGCAAUGCAGAACCUGAUCGACAUUACCAUACUGUUUGA